GCCGGGACAGUCACUCUGGCGGGCGGUGAGGCAGGGCACAGACAACGCCGCCCCCCCAGCUCCCGCCGGCCUCUCACGCCCUCGGAAGCGCAGGCUCGCCGCGCGGCGCUGGGGGGCUCCCCAACACCCCAGCUUCGCCGCCCCCUCCCGCCGCACCUCCGGGCCCCCCUUACCCUUGAGAGGCACCGGGAGUUGUCACAAGGGGGGCUCGGGAAAUUCCCCAGACCCCUGUGCCAGGAGGUGCCCGGUGCGCCCGCCCCCCCGCCGAGGGCGGUGCCCGGGGGCGCUGCCCCAUGGAGCGGGGAGGCGGGCGCCGGCUGCUCCCGGAGCUGUGACCCGGGCGGGAGCCGAGUGUCGCAGCUGCCCCGACCCCCGCGUAUCAUGCGCCGUCGCCCCUGGCUGGCUGGGCCCUCUGGGCUGUGAGCCACUCCCCAGCCCCGGCGGCCGCGGCCCCCCGCCAUGGGCAGCACCGGCCCGCGCCCCCGACUGUGGCUCGGACCCUGGACCCUGCCGCGGCCCGCGUUCUGCGCACUUCUGCCCCGCCUGCUGCUGCUGGCCGCCGCCGUGCCCAGAUCGGCUCCCAAUGACAUCCUAGGCUUCCGCAUCCCAGAGCCUGUGCUCAAUGCCAACACCGUGUGCUUGACGCUGCCUGGCCUGAGCCGUAGGCAGAUGGAGGUGUGUGUCCGCCACCCUGAUGUGGCAGCAUCUGCCAUCCAGGGCAUUCAGAUCGCCAUCCAUGAGUGCCAACACCAGUUCCGGGACCAGCGCUGGAACUGCUCCAGCCUGGAGACAAGGAACAAGAUCCCCUACGAGAGUCCCAUCUUCAGCAGAGGCUUCCGAGAGAGCGCCUUUGCCUAUGCCAUCGCUGCCGCUGGCGUGGUGCACGCUGUGUCCAAUGCGUGCGCCCUGGGCAAGCUGCGGGCUUGUGGCUGCGAUGCGACCCGGCGUGGGGAUGAAGAAGCUUUCAGGCAGAAGCUGCACCGCCUGCAGCUGGACGCGUUGCAGCGCGGGAAGGGCCUGAGUCACGGGGUCCCAGAGCACCCGGCCCUGCCUCCUGCCAGCCCCGGCCUGCAGGACUCCUGGGAGUGGGGCGGCUGCAGCCCCGACGUGGGCUUCGGGGAGCGCUUCUCCAAGGACUUUCUGGACUCCCGGGAGCCUCACAGAGACAUCCACGCGCGCAUGAGGCUCCACAACAACAGAGUUGGGAGGCAGGCGGUGAUGGAGAACAUGCGGCGGAAGUGCAAGUGCCACGGCACGUCGGGCAGCUGCCAGCUCAAGACGUGCUGGCAGGUGACGCCCGAGUUCCGCGCUGUGGGGACGCUGCUGCGGAGCCGCUUCCACCGCGCCACGCUCAUCCGGCCACACAACCGCAACGGUGGCCAGCUGGAGCCCGGGCCCGCGGGGGCGCCCUCGCCGGCCCCCGGCGCCCCCGGGCCGCGCCGCCGCGCCAGCCCCGCCGACCUGGUCUACUUCGAGAAGUCGCCGGACUUCUGCGAGCGGGAGCCGCGCUUGGACUCGGCGGGCACUGUGGGCCGCCUGUGCAACAAGAGCAGCGCGGGCCCCGACGGCUGCGGCAGCCUGUGCUGCGGCCGCGGCCACAAUAUCCUGCGCCAGACACGCAGCGAGCGCUGCCACUGCCGCUUCCACUGGUGCUGCUUCGUGGUCUGCGAGGAGUGUCGCAUCACCGAGUGGGUCAGCGUCUGCAAGUGAAGGCCCAGAGCUCAUGGACAGAGGCGGGGGAGUGAAAGAGAGAGAGAGAAUGCACCACCCCUUGGGGCCAAGUUCACAGUCAGCCUGACGGACCUGGCCUGUCUGGCCUCCACUGAGCAGAUCUGUGGGUUCCAGAGGGCUGGUUUGUUUCCCCCAUGUCUCAGACAACCCCACUGGACUGGGGUUGCCCCAGGAGGUACCUGGGCCUGUUCCCCCCUUCUCCUCCCCACCUGAAUGGGAGGGAAUAACCGGAAGCAUGUGAGCAGGGGGCAAAGUUGAAGAAGAAGAAACGGACCCAUUUUAGCUGAAGUGAUUCCACAGAGACUCCAGACACCCGGCAUAACGGCCCCCUCCCCCACAUCGGGUCACUUAGGGAUAUUUAUUUUGCACUGGCCAUGUGGCCUGGCACACUGCCAGGGGGCUCUGGGACUACAGCUGGGAGGCUCUUAGCACCUGCCAUUUGGAGUUUACACCCCAGCAGGGUGGGGGGAGAUGGGUAAUAAACAAGUCAAUAGA